AUGCAGGACCUCAACGGACAUGUUGCCCACGGUGGCUACAACGGUGGCGGUCCGAUUCGCCAGGGACACGUCUCGAAGCCCUCGAACAGCAACACUGGCUUUUCGCACGGCGCCUUCACCUCCAACAUCUCGGGCUUUGCCGAUCGCCACCCUCGCAGAGGCAAUAUUCCGUCGCUCGACCCUCACACCAUGAGCCAAGCCCAUCCCGGCUCUCACCCCAACGGCGGCAACGAUAGCCAUGACGGCAGCCACGGCAACAACGAGAUGGCCACUCCGGGAACCGCAUUCGACAUGCAGUUCACCCCCCUUCUUCCCUCCCAGCUGCUCCUGGGAAGCCCCUUUCAGCCUGGUAGCCCUGCCGCCUUUGGCAGCCCGCAGUUUCAAAGCUUGUCUGGAUUCCCCCAGAUGGGUAACCGGCACGGAGGCGGCCAGCGGCAACACGGAGGCAUGGGAAGCCCUGUCCAGCAGACCAUGCCGUCCCAGCCGUACCAAGCCAUGGUUUCGCCCUCCACCUACGGUGCGCCGCAAUUUUAUCCUUCCCACUCGCCGCCUACGGGACCCUUCGGCUUGCAGGCGCCCUUGCAACCCGCUUCCCCCGUUUCCACCGGCUCGGGCCCCGUCACCGGCACCAGCCGAACCGUCUACCUGGGCAACAUCCCUCCCGAUACGACUGCCGAGGAGAUCCUAGGACAUGUCAGAAGCGGUCAGAUCGAGUCGGUCCGUCUCCUGCCCGACAAGAACUGCGCCUUCAUCUCCUUCCUCGACGCGAGCUCCGCCACCCACUUUCACUCGGACGCCAUCUUGAAGAAGCUCUGCAUCAGGGGACAGGAUAUCAAGGUUGGCUGGGGCAAGCCGUCCCAGGUCCCCACGCCCGUCUCGCAGGCUGUCCAACAGUCCGGUGCUUCUCGUAACGUGUACCUGGGAAACCUCCCCGACGACAUGUCCGAGGAGCAGCUUCGCAAGGAUCUUGGCAAGUUCGGUGCCAUCGACACCAUCAAGAUUGUCCGAGAGAAGAACAUCGCCUUUAUCCACUUCCUCUCCAUCAUCAACGCCAUCAAGGCAGUGACGCAGCUUCCCCAGGAACCCAAGUGGCAGGCUCCCCGCCGCGUCUUUUACGGCAAGGAUCGGUGCGCCUAUGUUUCCAAGACGCAGCAGCAGAACGCCGCCCAGUAUCUCGGCAUCGCGCCCGGCUAUGCCCACAUGCUGACCGGCGCCGACCGAGAUCUCAUCUCGAGCGCCCUUGCCCAGCAAUCGGUCGCCGCCGCCGCCGUUGCCACCACCGCCGGCGGAAUCAACAACCUGGGCAACCGCACCAUCUACCUGGGCAACAUCCACCCCGAGACGACGGUCGAGGAGAUUUGCAACGUCGUCAGGGGUGGCCUGCUGCAUCACAUCCGCUACAUCCCAGACAAGCACAUCUGCUUCGUCACGUUCAUCGACCCCACCUCGGCCGCCUCCUUCUACGCCCUGAGCAACCUUCAAGGUCUCAUGAUUCACAAUCGACGACUCAAGAUUGGCUGGGGCAAGCACUCCGGCGCCCUGCCUCCCGCCAUCGCGUUGGCCGUCAGCGGUGGCGCCUCACGGAACGUCUACGUGGGCAACCUGGACGAGAGCUGGACCGAGGAGCGCCUGCGCCAGGACUUUGCCGACUUUGGUGACAUCGAGCUGGUCAAUACUCUGCGCGAGAAAAGCUGCGCUUUCGUCAACUUUACCAACAUUGCCAACGCCAUCAAGGCCAUCGAGGCCAUCCGAGGCAGGGAUGAGUACCGCAAGUUCAAGGUCAACUUUGGCAAGGACCGCUGCGGAAACCCACCUCGACAGAUGCAGCAACAUCAGUCUCCUCGGGGUGACGGAAUCUCCUCCCCCCCGGCCCACGGAUCCCAGAACGGCGGCUCGCCCCCCCACGGCGGCACUCCCCAGCAGUCGGCAGCGUUGUUCAACGCCACCAACAGCCCCUUGACCAUGUACCUGAACCAGCUGUCGCAGCAGGUUCAGCACCAGCACCAGCACCACCCGAUGGGCGUUCCGCAGAACAUCGUCUUCAGCGCCGCCCAGCCGUCCCUCAACGAAUUCAACGUGGACGUGUCUCAGCAAGGCCAAGCCGCAGGUCACGCGCAGCCUGCCAACGUUUCCAACGGACACCCUGCCAACAUGACUGCCUCUGGCGCCACGACGAUCGGGGGACUUCUUGCGCCGGGAUCCCGUGGCCAACACAGCCGAGCGGUCAGCCUUCCUGCUCUGGCGCCCGGCUUCGAGAACGGCGGCAUCAGUCCCAGCAGCCUCCUUGGCAGCAACGUCGACGAGGGCGAACGACGUGGCCACCAGUACCAAUCCAGCUACGGCGGAAUGGGCGCCGGCGGUUUCGGUCUGGCCAUCCAGGGCGGACUGAACGGAUGGGCCGAGGAAGAAGUAGUCAACUAG